CAAUUUUGGUCUCUUUGUUUUCGUUUUGUUUAUUUUUGUUUAUUUUAUUUUAUUUACACUUAAUAUUUUUUAUUCCUCAUUCCGAGCGCUACUCUAUAUUUUAUUUACAAUGUCAGUGAAGCAGGCUUCCAGCACACACUAUGGUGACUUUCAGCCGGAGGAGCUGCUAGGGCAGCUCAAGGCCGAACAGCAGACCCGGAACUACGACACUGCCAUCAAAUUCAUUGAGGCAGUACUCGGGCUACAGCUCGAAGCGUCUACACUUAAGGACAGCCUUCGUGACGGCGUUGUUCUAUGCCGACUGAUAAACACUCUCAGGCCGGGCGCAAUAAAGCGCAUAAACACUAGGAGUCUUCCGUUUACACAGAUGGAGAAUAUUGGCAAUUUUUUGUCUGCAGCUCAAAAGCUGGGACUGGAGAGCACAGACUUGUUUCAGACAGUCGACCUAUACGAAGGUAAAAAUAUACCUCGGGUGAUUAUGACCCUGCUGACAAUAGCGCGUGUGGUGGCAGGCAUACCCCUCAACUCGCAUCGCAAGCUGAUCGACGCGCAGCGGACACUGGGGGACGGGUGGAAUUCAAGCACGCUGACGGUAUGGGCCAACUCCCCAUCGCCAAAAUCACCGGCAUGCGAGUACACAUCACUGCACAACCAGCCCACGUUAGUAAACACAAGCAAAGUGAUGGGCAACAUUCCUGUCUUUCCAAAGGGCGAAUUAUUGACCGCAACAGCAGUCCUGUUGGGACGGCCUCCUGGGUCGCCUCGGGUCAAGCCAGUCUACGGAUCGCGCAAAGAGCGCCGGCGGUCAAAGCGCCAAAGCGCAACUACGCUGUUUAUCCCGAGCCCAGCUGAAAAAGUUCGGUUGCCCACCACGAACACACCACUAUCAGCGGCAACAACAGCAGCAGCAACAACAGCAGCGGCAAAAGCACAGCCAGUUCAUUCAGAAUCUUUGCAGGAUGGGCUCAAGAAUCCCCAAAUCGAAAAUACCGCAGCUCGGCAAGACACUUUGAAAUUGGUGCCAGCGCCCGUAGGCUUCGAGUCAAACACACGCAACACAGCCCCCAAUUCAAGCAGUCGGGGGCUAGAACCAGACAUGCAGGAUAAUACUGCGAAAGCAUCUGCGGCCAGCAGAACCAGCAAUACAGUAUUGUUUGCGAGUGGCGAAGAUACUCAACGGACCGCUAGCUCUUCGGGCUCGUCAAGGCCCGAUAAAAAUCCAGUAGGCAGCGAGAAUGAGCACGAGGAUACGAUUCUGGUGCCGCGGCCGCGGAAGCGCACAAAUACAAAAAACAGGCCAAAGGAGCGGCUGACAGUGUACUCCGAGAACGACCAGCGGCUGACGAACUAUCAGCUGGGGAACUGCAUUGGCCGCGGGCAGUUUGGAUCGAUGGUGGCAGUCAAGCAAAUCGCGCUGGUAGGGCAGGAUGUCGACGACAUGGACGAUGUGAUGCAGGAGGUGGAUCUCCUCAAGUCGCUCUCGAGCCCGCGGAUUGUGCGGUACUAUGGGUUUGUCAAGACGGACGCGCAUCUUAAUCUAGUGAUGGAGUUUGUCGAAAACGGGUCGCUGAGCGCCACACUAAAGUCGUUUGGGUCUUUCCCGGAGAAGCUGGUGCUGGCCUACGCAAUAAAGAUCAUCGAGGGCCUGGUCUACUUGCACGGGCGCGACGUUGUGCACUGCGAUCUGAAGGCGUGUAACAUCCUGACUACAAAGAAGGGCAACACAAAGCUGACGGACUUUGGCGUGUCACUGAAUCUCAAGCUGCGCAAGCCAGGAGAUGAGUCGGUGGUUGCCGGCACGCCGUACUGGAUGGCCCCCGAGAUCAUCCAGCUGGACGGCGCAUGCAUGGCGUCUGACAUCUGGAGCCUGGGAUGCACUAUAAUCGAGCUUCUGACCGGAAAGCCGCCGUACUCUGAUCUCAUGCAGAUGGCGGCACUGUACCGCAUCGUGGAGGACGAUCACCCGCCGAUUCCCGAGGGCAUCUCG